AUGGAAUCACCCCCAAGUCUAGAUGCGUGUAAUAAAGGACAGGUUUGCAAGUUGACAAAAUCCUUGUAUGGCUUGAAACAAGCUAGUAGGCAGUGGUUUGAAAAGCUCUCUUCCUUUCUAAUAACUGCUAAUUUUGUCCAAUCUAAAUCUGAUCACUCUUUGUUUAUUAAGAGGACACCUACAAGCUUUACUGCUCUACUUGUGUAUGUGGAUGAUAUUGUGUUGACAGGGGACUCUAUGAUGGAGAUCAACUGCAUAAAGGAACUACUCCACAAUAGGUUUCGAAUAAAGAACCUAGGAGAACUCAAAUACUUCCUAGGGCUGGAAGUGGCCAGAUCUAGAAAGGGUAUCCACCUAUGUCAAAGAAAAUAUGCCUUAGAUAUACUGGAAGAAACGAGAAUGUUGGGGUGUAAGCCUUCGUCCACUCCCUUCCUGAGUGACACAAGCACCUUAUACAAAUUGGACAGCUACCUGGAUGACCCAAGUCCUUACAGGAGGCUAAUAGGGAAGUUACUUUACCUUACAAAUACAAGACCUGACUUAUGUUUUACAGUCAAUUUACUUAGUCAAUUUGUUCAAUCACCUACUGAUUAUCACUACCGGGCCAUUCAACAUAUUCUUAGGUACAUCAAAUCCAAGCCUUCUAAGGGAUUGUUUUUCCCAGCUGACUCUCCUAUGCAGCUAAAGGCCUUUAGUGACUCUGACUGGGCGACAUGUCCCAACACCAGAAGAUCCACAAUAGGGUUCUGUAUCUUCCUUGGAUCUUCGCUCAUCUCUUGGAAAUCUAAGAAGCAGAGGACUGUCUCCAGAUCCUCUACUGAAGCUGAGUAUAGAGCUCUUGCAGCCACUGUAUGUGAGAUACAGUGGCUCAGUUAUCUACUUCAAGACCUUCAAAUAGAAGAGUCAGGAACGCCUCCCUUGUAUUGCGACAAUAAGUCUACAAGGCAUAUAGCUCACAACCAAAACUUUCAUGAACGGACCAAGCAUAUCGAACUCGACUGCCAUGUCGUCCGUGAGAAAGUUCAGGAACGCCUACUCAAUCUUCUUCCCGUACGCUCCGACCAGCAGUUGGCUGAUGAUGUGUGA